AAACUUUUAGUACGAUUUUUGUCGUCACCGGAUUUAUCACGCGCAUUUCGAGAGCUCCACGCGGUGCUCGCUUUCGGUGGGGAACGUUUUGCGGUUUCGCGGCUACUUCAAGUGAAGCGCUUUUGCCGCUUGGUUGUGUCACAAUUGUUUUGGUGUUUUUUUUUUUGGGUUAACGCUUGUGCGUGCUUAGUGGUGAUUUGAAGUGAAAUUUAUUCUAAUUUGAGUAUUUCGUGCUUGAUUUGAACAACGACGGUUUCCAGCCAGCUUUUCUUAUUGUGAGGCAUAGCUGUUUUACCCAGUGAGAUAGUUAAAAUUGUGUUAUUGCCUAUUCGAUGAAAAGGAAAAGUGUUCCCGGGGAAAAGUGUGAAUGAUUAAUCGGGCAAGAAACAGUGAUUGUGAACCUCUUAAUCCGUCUACCAAGCACCAUCAGAAAAAGUGACUUCCAAGCAGACAGCAGUAGGUGGUGUAUUUUCGGGUCCAUCUCCAGCCAGCUCGCCCGGCGACGACUGACCACAUGGCCAAAGCAAUACCUGUCGUUGUGGGCCUGCUAGGUCUGCUAGCCUUCACAGCGACUAGGACCGACGCCAUAAGAGUGUACUGGAACACAAACACCGGUCCUAUAGUGCCACCCACUAGCACACCCGCACCGGUGCCAAAGCCACCGUUCCGAGAUCCGGCCCCAGUGUGGGAGAAUCAAUCGGACGAUGUGCCGAACCCGAAUCCAUAUGUAUACAUCCUUCCACCACCAUCCCGGCCAAAGUAUAACGACAUAACACUGGAGCACCGCAGACAGAACCGACAUGAAAGCACCACCAAGCAAGCCGUAACAACAUCCUCGUCAAGCUCAACUCCAACACCGCCGACCGGCAGAAUCAUCGAAAAACCGGAGCAAAACAAUUCAACCCCCAAACCGGAGCCAACUUCACCAAACAGCCAGCCCCAGAGCCCUAAUAACGCGACACCGUCGACGACCAGUCAGCCGCAAACAUCGCAUCGAGUUCCUAGUCUAGCCAUCCAGUAUGUGCCCAAUCAGGGCUUCAAAUACUACGCCGUUGUGCCGGUUCACAACGAGGAACAGUCAAAGAGCGCAUUCCUGAAAACUAACGAUGCCAUGUUGGGCAAAUACGAUCGGUACGAUAAACCGAACGGAAGGUACAACGCUAAGCUGAAGAAAUACAAGGCCUACGAGAAGGUGAAAUAUGUGCCGUACUAUGCGUACUUUGAUGCGCAGAAACAGCAGUACAUCUUGUCCAGCAUUUCCCCAAAGGCGGUAAAUAAUCAACUGUAGAAAGCGGAGGAAAGUUCGUGGUAGCAUUUACGAGAAGACAAGCAAAAAUCACCCUAAAGGUCGGAGCGAUGCCGGCAGUGAUUAUUUUCGUUCCGUGUGACUGAUAAUUCGAAAAUCGCAAACAUUUCAGCAACCCUUAUUCUGAAAUUAUAUAAAUUGUGACGUCUCUUUUGUUAGAGAUUUUUUCAAUCUGACUGGUGGCUUAAUCGAUGUCCCGUUCUUUCAUUAGAAUUAGAAAAUUACCGACUAUUUCAUGACGAUCAGUUUUCGAUGGAUGGAUCAGUAAACUUGGUGAUGUUUAAUUGGAAUUGUCGCCAAGCAAAAUUAUUGAGGAAAUAUGUAAAUAAAUGUAAAAAUAUA